CUCUCUCUCUCUUUCUGAUUCUGGCAAUUCUUAUAUUAUUCUAAUUUUUCCCCCUAUUGUAUGAAAUGCAGGCACAAUUGUCCGAAUAGCAUCAAUUUCACCAUUUUUAAUUCCUCGAUUUUGCAUAUUUAAUCUUGGAAUCUCUACCCAAUUCCUCACCCAUCCAGCUCAUUCAUUUGGGAAUGUUUCUUUUCAUCCAUUGCCCAAUUCCUCUAUCACGCACCCUUUUUCAUUCUUUCCAAAUUUAAUCUUUGACGUUUCUUUAUGGGUUGCGCAACUUCGAAGCAACCACCGGUCUGCCGGAACUGCCAGACACCCUGUUCGCCGAUGUCACGGAGCUACUCAAUGCAUGUCCAUCACCCGCCUCAGCGAGAAGGCGAUAGCUACCAUAUGGUGGCUCUCACCUCCUCCACAUUAGGGUCUCUUAAGCUCGAUCCAUCAACUCAAAGUCACCCUGUCAAUGAAAACAGUUCUCCGACACAGAAUGGACAUGAUGAAAAGAAUGACGAUGAUGAUAAUGAGCACGAUCAGAGAAGCAAGGAGGAGUUCGCUAUGGGAGUGAUUGAGGCGAAAACAUGGUCUAAAAUGAUCAAUGAAAAGAUUCCAAAGGUUGGCCCAAAAACCCCAAUUCGAACGCCUCCCGGUGAGCCAGAGACGAUCGAUGCGUGGGAAUUGAUGGAGGGUCUCGAAGAUACUAGUCCUGUUCGGCCACCCCAUCAUCGUCGUAGUUUUUCCUUAAAUUUCCCUCCGAAAUCAAGUUCAUUCCAAUCUCAUUUUGAUCAUCCUGUACCGAAACUGCUAGAAAAUGGGGAAGCCUCCCCUAAACCAUGGUGGUUAGAGGUGGCAGAUAAUGACUCGAAUUCCAAUUCGAAUGCAACAUCCAUAGUGUCUGAGUUUGAUCCAGAUGUGAUUUCAACCUUCAGAAAAGCACUAGAGGAUCUUCCGCCGGCCAACCCUUUUCACAUCAAGCCAUUGUUCAGUGAAUUGCCACAGGCCAUGGCCGGCAAGGAUCAGGUUCAAACAUUGGAGGUAACGGAUGCGAAGAAAGUUAACGACUUUGUCUCUGAGUAUAAAUGUGGGACACCUGCUAAGGACAAGGUUGUUGUCUACUUCACCAGCUUAAGAGGGGUGAGGAAGACAUUUGAGGAUUGUUGCCAUGUAAGAGUGAUAUUAAAGGGAUUGGGUGUUAAGGUUGAUGAGAGGGAUGUAUCAAUGCAUUCGGGGUUUAAGGAUGAGUUGAAAGAGCUAUUGGGAGCCGGGUUCAAUGGUGGUGGUUUGCCAAGGGUGUUUUUGGGGAGGAAAUACGUUGGUGGGGCUGAAGAAAUACGGCGAAUGCACGAAGAAGGAAAGCUUGAGAAGAUAGUAGAAGGUUGUGAAAUGGUGGAUGAUUGUGGUGGAGGUGGAGGUGGGGGAGUUUGUGAGGCAUGUGGGGAUAUAAGGUUUGUGCCCUGUGACACAUGUUCAGGGAGUUGUAAGAUUUAUUAUGAAGGUGAUUAUGAUGAAGAAUCUGAUGAAGAAUGUGAGUAUGGAUUUCAACGAUGCCCUGAUUGCAAUGAGAAUGGGCUUAUACGAUGUCCAAUUUGUUUCAUUUGAUUUCAAUGGCAUAAGUUCCAUGUUUCUUUUUCGCUUGGUGAGUUCGCUUACUGUACAGUGAGGAGUUUUGAGAUAGCUGCAAGAGAAGAUGGUGUCGAAUGGGUUCUAAUCUAGGAUUGUAAUACUUCAACUAUAUCAUGUUUUACAGGUAAACUUAAAGGGUUGUAUACAUUGUUUUUU